AUGGCAAAUACGCCGGUACGAGUGCGGGAGGCCGCACCCUCGAACUGCUCGGGCUCCUCAGGAGAUGGUGCGGAACCAGAAGCAGGCGCGGAACCAGAGGCGGGUGCGGAACCAGAACCAGAACCAGGUGCGGAACCAGAGGCGGGUGCAGAACCAGAACCAGAACCAGAGCCUGGUGCGGAACCAGAGCCAGGUGCGGAACCAGAGGCGGGUGCGGAACCAGAACCAGAACCAGGUGCGGAACCAGAGGCGGGUGCAGAACCAGUACCAGAACCAGAGCCUGGUGCGGAACCAGAUGCGGGGGCGGAACCAGAGACGGGUGCGGAACCAGAGGCAGGUGCAGAACCAGUACCAGAACCAGAGCCUGGUGCGGAACCAGAUGCGGGGGCGGAACCAGAGACGGGUGCGGAACCAGAGGCAGGUGCAGAACCAGUACCAGAACCAGAGCCUGGUGCGGAACCAGAUGCGGGGGCGGAACCAGAGACGGGUGCGGAACCAGAAGCAGGCGCGGAACCAGAGGCGGAACCAGAGCCAGGUGCGGAACCAGAGCCUGGUGCGGAACCAGAGCCUGGUGCGGAACCAGAGCCUGGUGCGGAACCAGAGCCUGGUGCGGAACCAGAGCCUGGUGCGGAACCAGAGGGGGAACCAGAGCCUGGUGCGGAACCAGAGCCUGGUGCGGAACCAGAGCCUGGUGCGGAACCAGAGCCUGGUGCGGAACCAGAGCCUGGUGCGGAACCAGAGCCUGGUGCGGGACCAGAGGCGGGUGCGGAACCAGAAGCAGGCGCGGGACCAGAGGCGGGUGCGGAACCAGAACCAGAACCAGAACCAGAACCAGAACCAGAACCAGAACCAGAACCAGAACCAGAACCAGAACCAGAACCAGAACCAGAACCAGGUGCGGAACCAGAGCCAGGCGCGGAACCAGAGGCGGGUGCGGAGCCAGAGGCGGGUGCAGAUCCUACGCCGGGUGCGGAUCCAGGUUGUGGGACAGACCCAGAACCAGGUGCGGCUCCUGAAGUUGAGGGAACUUCAAGUACAGGUAUAGCUGUAGCGUUUCUUGAUGAUGGGACAGAUCCUGGGCUUGCGCCUGGUCCAGAGGCAGGUACAGGUCCUGAGCCUAGAGGUCCUGAGCCAGGAGUAACUGGUCCGGCGGGUGCGGAUCCCGAAGAUCCUGAUGACGGAGAAGAUCCUGAUCCUUGUGUAGAUCCGGAUUCUGAAGCAGGGCUAGAUACUGGAGCGGAACCUGACACUGGGACAGAGCCAGAUGCUGGGGCAGAGCCAGACGCGGGAACGGAGCCGGAAACCGGGGCAGAGCCGGAUGCUGGAGCGGAGCCAGAAGCUGGAGCGGAGCCAGAAGCUGGGGCAGAGCCAGAAGAAGGAGCUGAACCAGCUCCUACCGGUGGUGCAGGCUCUGCGCCUGGAGCUGGUGAAGAAACUGGCGAACUAGAAGAUCUAGCGGAUCCCAAAGAUGGACUAGAAGCCUGA